AUGACGGCUCUGCGGCGAGCUGGUUGUCUCUUUCCUUUGCUAUGGCUUGCGAUGUCCUCGUCUUCAGCGUCGGCGGUGACGGCUGGUACCUUCGUCGAGAGCGGUAAUACCCUCGUCAGUGCAAUGAUGAUGUUUCUGGGCAACGAGGAGAAUGUGUACAUUCUGGACAAAGCUGAGGGGAACAAGGCGCAAGUGGCUGGCCAUCCUGCUUGGGGAUCCGUAUGGAAUAUGGAUACGCAUGAAACGGAGGUGAUGGACGUCCGCACGAACGUCUUCUGCGCGUCUGGCAUGCACCUUCCCAACGGCUCGUUCGUGACCUUCGGCGGUAACGGGGCCGUCGGCGUCGGGGGCAACACAGGAUCGCAGGUUGGGAUGGACGGGCAAGGUGCCUGGGACGCGACCUAUGGGGACUUUGACGGACGCAAGGCGAUUCGGAUGAUAAACCCAUGCCGAAAGACGGACAACUUCAAUGCUCCCGCCUGCCAGUGGUUCGACGACCCCACGGUGCUGGCGAUGAAGCGCAACCGGUGGUACUCGACGGCAGAACCGACGGGUGAAGGGCAAAUCGUGAUCAUUGGAGGCUUUGUGGCCGGAGGGUAUGUCAAUCGGAACGUCCCGAACAUCGAUCCAGAGUUCGAGGGAGGAGCGGCGGACUGCACGUACGAAUAUUUCCCUGCGAAGUCGACGGAGCCCCAGGCGUUCAAGUUCCUGAUCCAAACUUCGGGUCUGAAUGCCUACGCGCAUACAUUCUUGAUGCCGUCGGGAAAGAUGUUCGUCCAGGCGAAUGUAUCGACGGUUCUUUGGGACCACGACAACAACAUCGAGACGCCGCUUCCCGACAUGCCAGGGGGCGUCGUUCGUGUCUACCCAGCGUCAGGCGCAGCUGCCUUGCUCCCACUCAGACCGGAGAACAACUACAACCCGACCGUGAUUUUCUGCGGAGGACAGGACAUGCCAGAAGGCCACUGGGGCGACUAUGCGUUCCCAACCGUCAACACCUGGGAAUUCCCCGCUUCGAAGGAUUGCCAGAGGAUUGCACCAGAGCCAGAGGGUGGUAAAGCCGUUGCGUACGAGCAGGACGAUGACAUGCCUGAGGGCCGCACGAUGACCCAAUUCAUCGCCCUACCCGACGGCAAGCUUCUUCUGGUCAACGGAGCGCUCAACGGUACCGCUGGGUACUCGCAGCAGACCGGCAUCGUCAAGUCGUACGCUGACAUGCCCUUUGGCGAGUCGCUCGCUUCAGGACCGACUCUGACACCCGCUCUCUACGACCCCAAGGCGGCGAAAGGCAAACGUUGGUCGACAGAGGGUUUGAGCACCUCUAAGAUCCCCCGGAUGUACCACUCCACGGCCAUCCUCCUCGCAGACGGCUCUGUCCUCAUCGCCGGCUCGAACCCCAACGUCGACGUCAACAUCACCACCAUCUACCCCACCGAAUACCGUAUCGAGAUCUUCUACCCGCCGUAUUUCUCGAAGACCCGCCCUGUGCCCACCGGCGCACCCAAGACGAUCUCGUACGGCGGGCCCUCCUUCGACAUGGUCAUCCCCGCGAGCUCGUACUCCGGGUCAACGAACGAGGCCGCCGAGUCCGCGGAGGUCAUCAUCACGCGUGGGGGGUUCACGACGCACGCGAUGAACAUGGGCCAGCGGAUGCUGCAGCUGAACAAUACAUACACCGUGAACAAGAACGGGUCGAUCACGCUGCACGUCGCGCAGGCGCCGCCGAACGCCAACCUCUUCCAGCCGGGACCGGCGCUGCUCUUCGUCAACGUGCAUGGCGUGCCAAGCAACGGAUCGUAUGUCAUCGUCGGGAAUGGGCAGAUCGGACCACAGCCUACGGCGGCGGCGAGCACGCUGCCUGCGAGCGUCCGUCUCGAUUCGGCGUCGGGCUCGGCAUCUGGGUCGGGGAGCAACAGCAGCGACAGCGAGGAGUCGGGCAUGAGCAUGGGUCUUAUCAUCGGUAUCGCUGCUGGUGGUGCCGCCCUACUCCUGCUCGUGGGCAUCGUCUUCGUGUGCAUGCGCCGCCGGAAGGCCGCCGCGAAACCGCCGUCAUAUCAGAUGUCGACUUCGCCGCCGGGCGGGUACAACAUGAAAACCGCCGCUGACUCAAGCUCGUUCGUGCCUAUGAACCAGUCGAACGACAGCCGGGCGUGGGCCGCACACCCCAACGAGAGCACGGCGAGCUUCAACUCGGCGCCGUAUCGUGAUGACCCGCGGGGAGGGGAUCCGUAUGGAAGCCAGGCUAACCUAACGCAACACCAGCACGGUUAUGGGAACCAAAACGCCUACGGCCAGCAACCGCAUAGGUAUUAA